AAGCCGCUCGCUCUUGUCCCGGAAGCUGCGUCACCAGAAGUCGCGCAGCCAUGAAGAUGACAGUGGGAGACACGUCUGGAAACUCUGAAACAACAAUGGACGAUGUGAAAAGCCUCAUGAAGAAGAAAGACGACAUCGAGGAGCAGAUAAAAGCGUAUUACGACGUGUUAGAAGACCAAGGUGUCGGAGUUGAAGGGCCCCUGAUUGACGAGGAGGGCUUCCCCCGGGCAGAUGUUAAUGUUUACCAGAUCAGAACAGCAAGACACAACAUCUCAUGCCUACAGAAUGAUCACAAGUCCAUCAUGGCAGAGAUCGAAGAAGCCCUGCACAAGCUGCAUGCUCGAGAGAAAUCCAAGCGGGAACAUGAUGAGGUGGAGGCCCACGGGGAGGCAAUGGAUCAGCAGGUCACGCUGCCUUCUCCAUUCGCGCUUGUGGAUGCUGUGACUCAAGGCUCACCUGCCUCUGGAGCUGGGCUCAGAGUUGGUGAUGAAGUCAUCGAGUUUGGUUCAGUGACCACAGAGAACUUUCAGAACCUCCAGAAUAUCGCUGCUGUGGUACAGCACAGUGAAGGGAAACCAUUACGUGUCUCAGUGAUCCGGGAUGAACACAAAGUUCAGAUGAGCCUGACACCACAGCGAUGGUCUGGCAGAGGUCUGCUGGGAUGCAACAUUGUUCCAAUCCGUCGGUGAUCAUUGUGAAACUCUUCCCACCGCCUGUUACCACUUGAUGGUUUCAAAUGUUAUUUGUAAAUACCCCAGAAUUUUCCAUCUGCUUCAGUUUUCAUCUUAAUUAUAACUUGAAACCAUUUGCUUUACACAAGGACAGCUUUCAGAUUCGGAUAUUUCAAAAAAAGUGUUUCUGUGCUUCUGUUUGAGAAUCAGUAUCCUGAAUAAAUAUAAACCUGAAAAUA